AUGACACAGAAUGUGGGAAAACAAAUGUUACAGAAGGUGGGGAGGGAGAGAAUAUCACAGAAUGUGGAGAGGGAGAGAAUGUCACAAAAUGUGGAGAGGGAGAGAAUGUCACAGAAUGUGGGGAGGGAGAGAAUGUCACAGAAUGUGGAGAGAGAGAGAAUGUCACAGAAUGUAGGGAGAGAGAAUGUGACAGAAUGUGGGGAGAGAGAGAACGUCACAGAAUGUGGGGAGAGAGAGAACGUCACAGAAUGUGGGGAGAGAGAGAAUGUGACAGAAUGUGGAGAGAGAGAGAAUGUGACAGAAUGUAGGGAGAGAGAAUGUGACAGAAUGUGGGGAGAGAGAGAACGUCAAAGAAUGUGGGGAGAGAGAGAAUGUCACAGAAUGUGGGGAGACGAAUGUUACAGAAUGUGGGGAGAGAGAGAACGUCACAGAAUGUGGAGAGAGAGAGAGAGAGAGAAUGUCACAGAAUGUGGGGAGGGAGAGAAUGUCACAGAAUGUGGGGAGACAAAUGUUACAGAAUGUGGGGAGAGAGAGAACGUCACAGAAUGUGGGGAGAGAGUGUCACAGAAUGUGGGGAGACAGAGAAUGUCACAGAAUGUAGGGAGAGAGAAUGUCACAGAAUGUGGGAAGAGAGAGAAUGACACAGAAUGUGGGGAGACAGAGAAUGUCACAGAAUGUGGGGGGAGAGAGAGGAUGUCACAGAAUGUGGGGAGAGAGAGAAUGUCACAGAAUGUAGGAAAAGAGAGAACGUCACAAAAUGUGGAGAGAGAGAGAAUGUCACAGAAUGUAGGGAGAGAGAAUGUGACAGAAUGUGGGGAGAGAGAACGUCACAGAAUGUGGGGAGAGAGAGAAUGUCACAGAAUGUGGGGAGACAAAUGUUACAGAAUGUGGGGAGAGAGAGAACGUCACAGAAUGUGGAGAGAGAGAGAGAGAGAAUGUCACAGAAUGUGGGGAGGGAGAGAAUGUCACAGAAUGUGGGGAGACAAAUGUUACAGAAUGUGGGGAGAGAGAGAACGUCACAGAAUGUGGGGAGAGAGAGAGUGUCACAGAAUGUGGGGAGACAGAGAAUGUCACAGAAUGUAG